UGGGGAACAAAUCAUGCAAGAUUGGAAGAGUGAUUGUAUCAGGAUGCAUCAUCUAUCUCGUUAAUGUAAAAGUAAUUCUGUUCCUCUUUCUAUGUAUCUGAGAUUUGAACACCGGCUUGUUGUAAAUCUGUAGUGAAGAAUUACGAAGAUGGAGGAGUGGAAAAGGAGCAUCGGUACUCUGAGCGACGAAAUCCUAAUUAAGCUGGCAAAGAUGUUGGACAACUCCACCUGUGGAUGGAGGCAGCUAGCUAACGCGGUGUCCGAGCAGCCGAAAUUCCGCUGCAGUGAGCGGGAGCUGACCAGCUGUUCUCUCCAGGUGCUGACUGCUGCAGGCAGCCCGGCACGCACCCUGCUGGCAUUACUGGCUGAGCGUUCCUGCUCCCUGGACUUCCUGCUCCACUGCCUGAGGAAGAUGGAGCACCAGGAAGCUGUGCAGUUCCUCACCACUGCAGUGGCAGAGCAGAUUCAGAUCACAGUGCAGCCGCAGUCCCAGGAAGCCGCACCUGGGAGCAAUGUGGUAUUGACCUGCAGGGCCUCUGGUCCCCCCGGACUCGGCUACCAGUGGUUCAAAGGCAAACAGGAGAUUUUGGGGGAAUCAGGAAAUUCCUCAGAACUGGUUUUUUGCCCUUUAAGUCCCGCCCACCAGGGUCACUAUAUCUGCAGGAUAAGCCAUGGAGAGAAAUUUGUUUUCUCCAAGUGGGCUCAAGUUCGCUUGAUCUGCUCUGCAGGCUGCAGCAGCAGUCUGUUUCCAGGUUCAGUGAGCGGGUUGCAUAUCAUCCAGCACCCGCAGUCCCAGGCAGCCUCUGAGGGGGACACUCUAGUCCUGGAGUGCGCUGCAGAGGGAAACCCACCUGCACAGUAUGAGUGGUACCACAACAAAGUGCCCAUGCCACAACAAAAGACGAGCUCACUCAGGAUCCCAUGUGUGACCACAGCACACAGAGGAGAGUACACGUGCAAGGUGUUCAAUUUGUAUCAUGAGGUGUGGAGCAGCAUGGCAACAGUCACCAUCGGCCCCAGUUCUGUCACUGACGCCUCCUGGGUAGAGGUUGACCGCGGUCUAGAGUCACAGGAAGUCCACAAAACCUACGGAGCAGGAAUACAUCCGCUUCAACAGAUAGCCAGUUCGCCCCCAUCUGCCAAGGACGUUUAUGCCACAGACAAAGUCGCUCUUCUGAUUGGUAACAUGAACUACAUUUACCACACGCAGCUGUGUGCUCCCAUUUCUGACGUCCACGAGUUGACCAACCUUCUUCGACAGUUGGACUUCAAGGUGGUUUCCUUGCUCGACCUUAACUGGCAGGAGAUGCACAGCGCUGUUACUGAGUUCCUGUUGCUGCUUGACAAAGGAGUCUACGGUUUGCUAUAUUUUGCUGGUCAUGGCUAUGAGAACUAUGGAAACAGCUUCAUGGUUCCCAUUGACGCGCCGGUCUCCUACACAUCAGAUCACUGCUUGUGUGUACAGAAUAUACUCACAAAGAUGCAGGAGAAAAAGACUGGUCUUAAUGUAUUCCUGCUGGACAUGUGUCGCAAAAGAAACCCACACGAUGAUGUCAUCGUGCAGCCUGGACUGCUGAAGGUCACAGCAAAUAUAGUGUUUGGUUAUGCCACAUGCGUAGAUGCUGAAGCGUAUGAGGUGAAGAGGGAAGACGUGUCAAAUGGCAUCUUCAUAAGCUUCCUCAAACGGCGAGUUUGUGAAGACGAGAAGGUCACCGUUAUGCUCGACAGAGUGGCUGAAGACAUGGGUCGCUGUGUAAUCACACGAGGGCGGCAGGCGCUGGAGCUCCGCAGUAAUCUCUCUGAAAGACGCUCCCUCACUGACAGGAUACAGGUUUCUGAGUGUUCUGCAUCCUCUUCAGCUCGAAACCUGCAGUGGGCUAUUGCACAUGUUCUCCCUGAAAGCCGUUACCUCCAGUUUGACUGUGGAGUGAAGGUUCAGCUUGGAUUUGCUGCAGAAUUCUCCAACGUAAUGGUCAUCUACACUCGGAUACUUGACAAACCCGAUGAAAUAGUCUCCUGCUCGGCUCAGCUUACCGAUUUCCCUGAGGAUGUGGACAUUGAUUUGAAGAAGAGCAAUCAGGAGUCUCUACUGGAAGCUGGCUGUUUAUUGUUGAUAAAAGAGGAGCUUCCUUCACCAGAAGCCCACAGUCUCUACACGCGCAUCCGCAGCCUGCAGAGACUCAAGAGGGAGCUCACAUUCACAAUAUGCCUUCAUUACACCUACUCCAACAUGGAUGAGGAAGUACAAGAAAGGCAGCAAGUAACAGUCGGCAAACCACUGGUCUCCAAACUCAAUCUCCACGAACCCCGAGCAGCUCGCGUCAGCUCUGCCUCCUCGUCCUUCAGCCUCGACUCUUUUAACGUUCCCGGAUGCUCCUCCUUUGGUGAAGACUUGUCCCUGACUGGUACAGCCUCAAACACAUGGUCACAUCAUGCACAAAGUGCCAGUGUGUCUUUCACCGGUGGCUCCCUGACAUCACCCAGGAGUGCCAAUGUGCCAGAGGAGACUGACAGUCCUGAAAUACUAGAUAACCCUCGACCUCUUGUUGCCAGCAAAAGUUUGCCCCACAGUAAAGUAAAUGACUCAAACUACAAGUUCAGUGACAUGUAUAAUUUUCAUUCUUACUGAGACUGAGAUUCAGCCUUUACCCACUAAUAAAUCGGCAGUACAAAAUCAUGAAUGUGUGACUCAUGAAUGGAAAGCUUGACAGACAAGUCCUGUUAUUAUGGCAUUUCUUUCAAUUCGGCCCGGACUGUAUGGGGGCCGUUUAAGCUGUGAUCUUUGUAUUAACUAUGCAUUAAGUUGUGUAAUGGUUUUUUUAUGGAUUUGUAACAAUGUUAUGCAAUCCAAAGACUGCCUUCAAAA